GACACUGGUCCGACUUCCUUCCUUCCGCCCUCCAUUGCUUUUUCCCGAGAAAUGGCAUCCGGCUUGGGGAGACUGCUUUUGCGGGGGCCUCGCUGCCUCCUGUCACCGGCCACUCCCACUCUCGUCCCGCCAGUUCGGGGCAUGAAGAAGGGAUUCCGUGCCGCCUUCCGCUUCCAGAAGGAGUUAGAGCGAUGGCGCCUGUUCCGGUGCCCGCCGCCGCCCGUGCGCCGUUCAGAGAAGCCCAACUGGGAUUACCAUGCUGAAAUACAAGCAUUUGGACAUCGGUUACAAGAAACCUUUUCCUUAGAUCUUCUCAAAACUGCAUUUGUUAAUACCUGCUAUAUUAAAAGUGAGGAGGCCAAACGCCAAAACCUUGGAAUAGAGAAAGAAGCUGUUCUUCUGAAUCUUAAAGACAAUGAAGAACUCGCUGAACAGGGGACGUCUUUUUCAAAAACUUGCCUCACACAGUUUUUUGAGGAUGCAUAUCCAGACUUGCCCACUGAAGGCAUUAAAAGUCUUGUUGACUUUCUCACCAGUGAGGAAGUGGUAUGUCACGUGGCCAGAAACUUGGCUGUGGAGCAGUUAACACUGAGUGCAGAAUUUCCAGUUCCCCCACCUGUUUUACAGAAGACUUUCUUUGCAGUGAUUGGAGCCCUGCUACAGAGCAGUGGCCCUGAGAGAACUGCUCUUUUCAUCAGGGACUUCCUAAUUCCUCAGAUGACUGGAAAAGAACUUUUUGAGAUUUGGAAGAUAAUAAAUCCCAUGGGGCUACUGGUAGAAGAACUGAAGAAAAGGAAUAUUUCACCUCCUGAAUCUAGACUUACCAGGCAGUCUGGAAGUACCACAGCUUUGCCAGUGUUUUUUGUUGGCUUAUACUGUGAUAAAAAGUUGAUUGCAGAAGGACCUGGGGAAACAGUGCUGGUUGCAGAAGAAGAAGCGGCUCGAGUGGCACUUAGGAAACUCUAUGGGUUCACUGAGAACAGACGGCCCUGGGACUAUUCCAAGCCCAAAGAGAAUUUAAGAGUAGAAAAGACUGUCACUGCCAACUAACCUGUCAAAAUUGUUGCAGCCUGAAUUUUGUGAGCCAGAGAAUGAGAUAAAUGUUGAAAAUGUUCAAAGCUGGAUAUUUUUCCAAAUUGUAAAUAAAUAGGUCUUAUUUCUCAUAAUGAGUUCCUAAAAAUAAAUAAUAUUUAUCAGGUCAUUGAUUUUUGGGGGCGGGUUCAGAAGUCUUAGAUGUUUUUCCAGUAAGUUUUUUCUAAAGUCCUUGAUUUUGUUAUUUCAUUUAACAUGUGUAGUUAGAUCUGUUUUAUUCUUGGCUAUCUUUGCGGUAUCACCAUAAUUUGAAUAUAUGUUUUACAUGAACUUUAAUACCAACAAAAAAGGCACUCUUUCUCUAAAGAUUUUAUUAUAGUUUAAUUUGAUAUACCCACGUUGGUGAACUGUUUCCAUAGUGGGAUUUUAGCUAAAAUAGUAAUAACCCUCAACCCUUAUAAAUGCUAAAGUGCAGCUUAUCACAAUUAGACAGUUAUUUACAUGAUCCCUAGAGUCUGUCUAGGUUUAAAAUUCUGUAUACCAAUUCAUAGUUAUUCAAUUUCUAUAAAACAAAUAAAAGAUAAAGUUUA